ACAUGGUGUGUGGGGGGAGAAAGGAGAAAGUGUAUUUCUUUUGAAGGGGAUGAAGUGGCGAGUAGUAGCGAACAAGUUUGUUGGGCAGACCUUUGACCCCCCAUCAUUCAAUUUCAUCUCAUCUACCACCCAUCAACCCUAAUUCAAUUCCCAUUUCACAUUAAUUGUAUCGACAUCUUCACGCUUUCAUCAAUCUUUCAUAUUUUAAACCCACUAUGUUCACCUCUCGUGAUCUACUGUCAUCCAUACAUAAUUCAUAUACAUACACAUACAUGUAUCUGUAUCUGUGAAAUUGACGUACGCAGACUCUCUCUCUCUCUCUCUCUCUCUCUCUCUCUCUCUCUCUCUCUCUCUCUCUCUCUCUCUCUCUCUCUCUCUCUCUCUCUCUCUCUCUCUCUCUCUCUCUUGCUGGCAUGUGCUGGAAGAAAAGUAAUUUGUAUUUCGUAUUUCUAUCCAAAAUAGAGACAAUUCAUAAAGUUUCGUAGGUGAGAAAAUUUGCUUUUCUUGUCCAAUUUUGACGUUUUUUGCCCAAAAUGGAGAGGACCCAUUAUUGUUCAUGGCAGCUUUUAUCGAUCUCUAGUCUUCAAUUUUGUCGGGUUUUCCUCAAUUACGUGUAGUUUUGACUUUUCUUAGCCAAAUUUGAUGAGCACCAAUUUAUGUUUAUAGUUCAUUAACUGCAUCUCAUGGUGGGGUUUUCGUUUUCCCUUGAAUUUGCUGUUAAUUUGACGUUUCUACCAAAAAUGAAAACCUCCUGUUCUUGUUUUUAGCUGGAUUUCUCAAUCCCCGUGUUUAAUUUUGGUAUUAUACAUUUAUACCCCUCAAUUUGCGUUUGUUUAAUGCUUUAUCGAUGUCUGUGUUUCAUCACGAUGCCCAAUUUCCAUUCUCUUUCCACUUCUGCACCUGGUGCAAGUUAGUCAACUGGUAGAUCCCGAUUUUCCUUUGUUCUUUUUUUUAAGCCAUUGAGAAUUUGAAAAACUCGAAGAAGAAAAAAAAUGAGAGCUUGGUUGUUCUUCUUUCUCAACGUUAUCUGUUGGGUCUUCCUCUUCUUACCUCAAACAUGCGUAUCAAGUGUUCGAUAUAUUGGCAAAGUGAACCCUGGGUUCAAAGGAUCUCAAAUGCAAUUCAUAGACAACAGUGGCUUAUUCCUACUAUCAAACAGCUCUAAUUUCGGAUUUGGUUUCAAUCCGAACGCCGAUAUCACUUCCUUCACCAUUGGAAUCAUUCACAUUACAACUUCAAAAGUCAUUUGGUCGGCAAAUAGAAGGGCUCCCGUUGGUAAUUCCGAUAACUUUGUGUUUGGCGACGACGGAAAUGCUUACAUUCAAACCAACGGAAAAGUCAUCUGGUCAACAAACACCACCGGGAAAGGUGUCGCCGCCAUGAAAUUGCUUGAUUCCGGUAACUUGGUGCUGGUACGUAACGACGGCGUUUUCGUUUGGCAAAGUUUUAGCAACCCCACAAACACCCUUAUGCCAAAUCAAGAUUUCAAUUCAGGAUCGAAACUUGUAAGCAAUCCGAAAAACAAUUUGACAUUUUCUUUAGAAAUCAAAAACGGAGACAUGUUUCUAUCAUCCGGGUUCCGAAACCCUCAAUCGUAUUGGGCUAUGAGUAAAGACAAAAGGAGAAUCAUCAACAAAGACGGUGGAAACCUCGAAUCCGCCGUUAUUAAUGGCAAUUCAUGGAGGUUUUUCGAUGAAAACAAAGUUUUGUUAUGGCAAUUCGUGUUUGCAGAUGGUGAUGAUUCCAACGCCACUUGGGCCGCUGUUCUAGAAGAUAACGGCUUCAUUAGCUUCUAUAAUCUCCCAGGAAAAAUAACAGCAAACCAUAAUAUCCCUGAUGACAUGUGUAGCACACCACAAUCUUGUUCCUCUUACCUCGUUUGCCACGCUGGCAAGACGUGUCAAUGCCCAUCUGGCCUCAACGAAAUCAGCUGCAAACCAUCUAGUCUAUCGUGCGCGAAGAAAGAUGAAGCGACUCUCAUCAACGCAGGCGAUAAUCUGAGCUAUUCAGCACUUGGGUACACGUCACCUUCUUCAAAAACAAAUUUAGAUGGGUGUAAAUCAUCGUGUUUAGGUAACUGUUCUUGUUUGGCUAUGUUCUUCGAUAACAAAUCAGGAAAUUGUUAUCUUUUCGAUCAGAUCGGAAGCUUUGAAGACGCGAAAAACGGCGAAUCUUUCGAAUCUUACGUUAAAAUUUCGCGAAAUUUAAACGGGAAAAAGAAGAAACAAUCGAUUGUUGUUGUGAUCGCGAUUGUCAUUGCGACAAUUUUUGUCAUUCUAACACUUGUGUUCAUAUGGAUUUAUUGGAACAAAAAGCGAAAUAAUAUUCCAAUCGAAAAAGGUAAUGAAUCAUCGGAAGAAGAUAAUUUCUUUGAAAGUAUAUCCGGGAUGCCUGUGCGCUUUAGUUACACAUACCUUCAACAAGCAACCGAUAACUUCAGUAUAAAACUCGGGCAGGGUGGGUUUGGGUCGGUUUACGAGGGCGUGAUAAAAGAUGGAACAAAGAUAGCGGUCAAGCAAUUAGAAGGAAUCGGGCAGGGAAAGAAGGAGUUUCGGGCAGAGGUCAGCAUCAUCGGUGGGAUCCACCACCACCAUUUGGUUCGGCUCAAAGGGUUUUGCGCGGAAGGUGCACACCGUCUCUUGGUAUACGAGUACAUGGGUAACGGUUCACUAGACAGAUGGAUCUUCAAAAAGAAAAAAACCGAAUUUUUAUUAGAUUGGGAUACGCGAUACAACAUCGCAGUGGGGACCGCGAAAGGGCUCGCGUAUCUCCAUGAAGACUGCGAUGUUAAAAUCGUGCACUGCGAUAUAAAACCGGAGAAUGUUUUACUCGACGCGAAUUUCCGCGCGAAAGUAUCGGAUUUCGGGUUAGCGAAGCUAAUGACGCGCGAACAAAGUCACGUAUUCACAACCCUGAGAGGGACCCGCGGAUACUUAGCACCCGAAUGGAUCACGAACUACGCGAUAUCUGAAAAAAGUGAUGUUUACAGUUUUGGAAUGGUGCUUCUUGAAAUCAUCGGGGGACGUAAAAACUACGAUUCCUCAGUGAUUUCAGAGAAAUCCCAUUUCCCAUCUUACGCGUUUAAAAUGAUGGAAGAGGGAAAAAUCCAAGAAAUUUUCGACCAAGAUAUGAAAGUUGAUGAAAAAGAUGAACGCGUUAAGAUCGCGAUACAAGUGGCUUUAUGGUGUAUACAAGAUGAUAUGAAUUUAAGACCUCCUAUGACCAAAGUGGUUCAAAUGCUUGAGGGUUUGUGUGUGGUGCCUACACCACCUAUGGCUUCUCAAACAUGUUCGCGGUUCUAUUCGGGUAUUUUUAAGUCUAUUAGUGAAGAAGGGACUUCAUCCGGGCCUUCGGAUUGUAAUAGUGAGGCUUAUUUAUCUGCUGUUAGACUCUCGGGUCCGAGAUAGUAUAUGUGUAUAUAGAUUGUAUAUCAUAAUGUGUAUCCGUGUAUGUGAAUUUUUGUACUAUGAGUAGAAUAUGCUAUAUAUGUUGGAAUAAAUUAGUUCUAAUUUUCUAA